AUAGUCUAAAUAUGUGACUAAUGAUAUUACAUAUUUGAUUAAAACCAAAUACCACAACUCGUGGGUAUUGGUAGUCUCCCUGCUCAGUCGCAAAGAGAUCACAAUUAUAAGAAUUGCAUGUAGUAAUCACACCUUGUAGCAGAAUGUUUGGUGCAAAACCGAUACCAUUUGGUUUCCCUGCAAACACAAAUGUUGGAACAGCUACGCCCUUUGGACCAGGCAAUAAUGCCUUCGGUGCAAAACCUGCAGGAACAACUGGAUUUGGUACUCCCAAUACUGGAAGUGUAUUUGGGGCACAGCCCACUCCUGCCUCUACUGGGGGACUCUUUGGUCAGUCUAGCACCAGUUCCGGUGGACUGUUUGGGACUCAGCCAGCUACUGGGAACUUUGGACAAACGACUGGAUUUGCAUUUGGAGCUACCCCAGCUGCUGGCAGUACCAGUGGAGGGAACCUAUUUGGACAACAGCCACAACAAAAUACAGGUGGUGGUCUUUUUUCAACCCCAGCUACCGCCAAUGCAUUUGGCUCCAAGACUCCAGGGUUUGGAGGAUUUGGAGCUACCUCCACCCCUGGGACAGGGACAAGUCUGUUUGGUCAGCAAACCAGUAACACUGCGUUGUUUGGACAGACGGCUGGGACAAGUGGAUUUGGUCAGCAACAGCAGCAGAAUUCCCAGGUUGGCACAAACCUGAAAUUCAGUGCACCAGUCAGUCAGGACACCAUGGUGAAGAAUGGAGUGAGCACACACAUCAGCACACGCCACCAGUGUAUAACUGCCAUGAAAGAAUAUCAGAACAAAAGUCUGGAGGAGCUAAGGGUUGAAGAUUACUUAGCUGGGAGGAAAGGCAAACAGUCUGGCAUUUUUGGAGCCACACCAUCUAGCUCUAGUGGCUUCACAUUUAACAAACCACAGGCAACAGGUUUUGCAGCUUCAGCAGCACCGUUUGGAACUACCCCAGCAACACAGUCGUCCCUUUUUAGUCAGCCACAGAAUCAGACAGCUACCGCCAGCCCAUUUGGUCAAAGCAAAUCCAUCUUUGGUACUGCAACUGGCACAGCCACCAGUACUGCUGGGUUUGGUACUGGCUUUGGAAACACAGGAACUUCACUGUUUGGAAGCAAUCAGCCUAAGGCAAGUGGAUUUGGAGCAUCUGCUGUAACCUCAACCCAGCCCUCCCUCUUCGGGAACUCUACCUUUGGCGCACAGCCGUCAGGAGGCUUCGGGGCCACAAGUGGAUUUGGGACUGCAACUACUGGGGUAGGUCUAUUUGGUGCCAAACCAAAGCCCUUCUUUGGGGCAGCUGCCACAUCAGCACCAACGGGGUUCGGAGUAUCACAGACAUCUAAUUUGUUUGCUAAACCAGCAAACAGUACAGGGACUGGCCUCUUUGGGAACACAACUACGUCUACUUUUGGAAAUAGCACUGGUUUUGGAGGGUUUGGUAAUGCUACAUUUGGCAGUACUGGUAACAGUUUGUUUGGAAGUAAGCCAUUAGGUUUUGGUGCCACCAGCACCCCAAGUCUGGCACUCAACAACACAUUCAAUAAUACCCUCAGCAAACCAGCUUUUGGAGGCUUUGGAAACACCGCUACACCAGCAUUCCCAGGACUUUCUGCAAACACACAGUUGACUCUGGGAAACACUACCUUAAGCACGGCACCCAGCGCUGUUGCUAACUCAGCCAAUCAGCUUCAGAUACAGCAACAGUUGAUGAACCUGGUAAACUCCCCUUAUGGAGACUCACCACUUUUCAUGAAUCUGAAACAGAGUGAAAUCAAGCGAGAAGAACUGCUUAAGCCCACCAAUCCAGCAGCUCAGAAAGCUGCUCUUAGCAACCAGUUCAAGGUCAGCCCAAGACCCACGGCACGAGUCAAACCCAAGUCUCUCCACAGUGUGCUGAAUGGAUCAAAGUCACAGAUGUUUGAAGGUCUAGAAGAUGAAGGAUUCAGUUUUGGAAAUGAGACAUUCCAGCCUAAAAAGAGCAUCAAGAAGUUGGUGAUAAAGAAGGGUGGAUCUGAUUCCUCAUCACCUGGAAGUCGGUCAUCAUCGGUGAUUGGGGAACCCAGUCAACAGUUGUCAGUACUGGAGACUGAUGGGCCAGAUACCUCUAACACCUCUCUGACUGUACAUACAGAGCCAGUAGUACAGAUGCCAGAGUUGACCACCCCUGUACAGAAACCCAACAACCAAAGUAUGGACGAUACCAUGGCAAUGCUCAAUGUACCAAAGGUUCCAAAUCGUAUCACGUCGCGAUCACCCGAUGAAACAGACCUCGACAUGUCACAGGCAGAGGACAGUAUGGAGAGGAGGCCGACCACACCUCCUCCUCCUCAUGCUGCUGACAUCACCCUGACAAGGCCCGGCUACUACACCAUCCCUAGUAUGGAGGAGCUGGGGGACAUGGUGGAUGAACAGGGAGAAUGUUUUGUGGAUGGAUUCACCAUUGGACGUGAGAGAUACGGAAGUAUCUUCUUCCCUGGAGUCUUCAGUGUUGCUGGACUUAACUUGGAUGAAAUUGUACACAUCCGCAGAAAGGAAGUAGUAGUUUAUCCUGAUGAUGACAACAAACCUUCGGUUGGUGACGGUCUGAACAGGAAGGCUGAGAUCACACUAGACUGUGUCUGGCCGAUCGACAAAAGUGAUCGCACCUCUAUCAAGAGUCCUGAGCGUUUGUCUGCAAUGAAUUACCAGGAGAAAAUAGAAGAAAUCACGCACAGGAUCGGUGGCAGAUUUAUAGAUUACCGUCCUGAGACAGGGUCCUGGGUGUUUGAGGUGAAGCACUUCACUAAAUAUGGAAUGGACGAGAGUGAUGAGGAGGAUCUGUCCAACUUGGCUCAGAAACAGCAGAAAGCCAUUCAGCAGCCUGGCAUGUCGAACCAGGUACCACAACACUUAGGACAGGCACAACCUUACAUUCCUCAGCAGACUGUCAAUGGUGCAGCUCCACCACCCAAAUUCUCAUUGGAUAUUUCACAGUCGACAAUGGAUGACCGUCCUGUACCUAUGGGGGAUGAUGAUGAUGUGCCAGAACUCUCACACAAUGAUAUUCCAGAAGAAUACCUUGAUGAUAUGGGUGAUGAUGACUUCGGUGAUCAGGACGAGGGGCCAGCCUCACACAGACUCGCUGCCAGUAUGGGGGUCAGUGCCCACAGUAUGCAGAUGAUGAAGGCAUCCUUCUUUGGUGGCGAGGAAGAGCAACAGGCAAGAGGUGGAGAUAUGGAGACCAAGAAAGGUCAGGAAACCACAGACAGACAUGGUCCAAGUCUUUUUAGCUCUGCUUACAAGUCUGCUUGUAUGUCUCCUGUCAAACUGUCACAGAGGCCGCAGACCACAGACUUCAGGGAACAACAAGGAAUGUUUCCCCCUCGUAUCCACACACCUGAGCCUAUACGACCCGCUAAGAAGAAUUUUCAGUAUCCACCUGUAGCUGAACAUAUGACUCUGGCGAGUGGAAUGAAGCCUGAAGAUUUCCCACAGAAGAUCGUGGGUUCCCGUGUCCAAAGAGAAAUCCCAGAGUAUUCCAAAUCAGAAAUGUAUGGGAAGCAGAGCCUGAUAAAAGAUGCAGCUUUAUUUAUGGGGCGAUCUUUCCGUGUAGGCUGGGGACCAAAUUGGACCCUUGCUCAUUGUGGGACACCUGUCACAAAAGAUAUCACAGAAGACAAUGAUGCAGUUGGUUUUUCUUUGCUGUCGGGUGGUAGAACACGGCCUGCUGUGGACAGUACAUAUGAGUGGAAGGUUACUGUUGAGAAGGUUGAUGUGGCUGGCUACUUCAGGCAGGAGGAUACGACAGUGGUGCAUAACCAUGAGGAGCUCCUGAUGAUCCAGCUCGACCAUGCAGAGAAGACACGGUCUGAUUCUUGUCCACACUUUGUCCCCAGUCCAGGUGUGGAUGCCCUGCAUCAGUAUGCAGAUAGGGCCAAACUGGACACCCAGGACACUGAGGGACACCCAGAUUAUGACUCACUUAGUCAUAUGACCACUGUGUUUGACUUGUGUGUGUCAUUAUGGGGGAGAUUGUCAGCAUUUCCAGACCUUGAUAAUAUAGAGGAAUGUUAUGACUUCCAUCAUGACCGACGAGAGGCGGUGUCUCACUGGCUUAUGAACACAUCCAAGGAGGUUAUCAAAAAGGAGAUAAAUGAUGCAAAGUACAAAAAUAAGAACCACCUGCCUGCAGUGCUGGCCUACCUGAGUGGUAACCAGAUAUCAGAGGCAUGUUCUCUGGCCCAGGCCUCCUCUGACCACCGCCUGGCUCUGACAUUGGCCCAGGCUGCAGGCAGUCAUAUCCCCAGACAACUGGUAGAAAGCAUGCUUAAUGAGUGGAUAGAAUUGGAGGCUUGCAGUUACCUGGACCCUGUACACCAGAAGAUCUAUGCCCUGAUGGCGGGUCGCCUUGUCUGGCCUACCCCAGAAUCCACAGUUAAUACAUGUGAAUACAUGGACUGGAAACGAGCUCUUGCUUUACAUCUUUGGUACCUAUGUCCUCCAAGCUCCCCAAUCCAACAAGCCCUCGAAGAGUAUGAAAAUGGUUUCCAAGGGGCAACCACAUAUGGUCGUUAUUGUAACCCACCACUGCCACCUUACCUGGAGAUGACCUCUGACCUAUCAACCAUGGGGACAGAAGAUAACUGGGAAACCAAGGACACAUGUUAUCACCUGUUGAAACUUUACUCACAGCGAUCACACAAUCUACAGCCGCUUCUCAAUCCAUCCUCAUCCACCUCCAGUCACCUCGACUACAGACUCAGCUGGCAUCUACACCAGUCCCUCGAAGCACUUGGUUACAGACAUCUGUCCUCCUACCAUAGGAAUUCCAUACACAUGAACUUUGCCUCCCAACUUGAGUCUGUUGGUCUAUGGGAGUGGGCUGUGUUUGCAGUGCUCCACAUAGAACAGCAAGUGUACCGAGAGUCUGCUGUGAGAGAGCUGUUACUCCGCCAUGUGGGCCUAUCUAAAGACCACUUCUAUUUGGAAAAAGAACAGUUCCUGCGAGAAAAACUUGAUGUCCCCGCAGAGUGGAUUCACUUUGCAAAGGCAAUGCGAGCAAGAUUUGAGAACCGUCCCCAUGAAGAAGCCUGGCAUUUGCUAAAAUCUGGACACUGGAAUGACAGUCAUCGAGUGGUACUGAAACACAUUGCAGCAGAUGCUAUCAUCAAUGAAAACCAUGACUAUCUUAGAAAAUUUCUUGUGGAGUUAUCUCCUGCAACACGCUGCAACAAAGUUGUUGAUUGGUCAAGAGGCGGUCAUGUGUUUGUGGACUACAUCAAUCUAUGUCAGGAGUUGGAGAAUCUGAAGAAAGACCUUCAAAAGGAUGAGCAACGCUCCAAUGUACACCUGGAGGGCCUACAUUCUGAUGUGAUGUCACUGUGUAGCCGUGUAGGCAGCCUAGUAUGUAAUAACUCAAAAGACAGGUUAUGUCAGUCUGAGAUGUCAAAGAAAUGUGCUUAUCUCCUGCGGACAUUAUUAACUUUACAAGGACAGGAUGGGGAUCAUCUACCCUCUAGGUUACUGGCUCCCUACAUCAGUAGGUUACCUAUGCCAGAGGAUUACUGUCUUCAGGAACUACGAGAACUUGUCAGGAGCCACAUUAUAGAAACAACAGUUACAUGAUAGUGUCUAAAUCUUUUUUUUAUUUUUUUUUUUUUUUUUUGGCUAUUCAAUUAUUUUUCCAAACGAAGUGAUGAUUAAUAGGAAUAAUGUUGCUGAUGGUGAUAUGGACCAAUGGACCACAAUCAUAGAGGUGUUGGAGAUGAUUGAAAAAAUGGAAUCUUCAAGAGAAUAUAUGAUUAAAAAAUAGUGUUGAAUUAUCCUUUCAUCCACUGAAUUUAAUGAAUGACUAGAAUUGUUGUGAAACUUUGGUAUUGUGUAAGCCAGGCAAUGAUAAACGUGAUCUUUUAAUGGAUGAUGAUACUUGUCAUUCCCUAAUGAUAUGUGUGUCGACAACUUAAGGUGAAGAAUUUCAAUGCAUACAAUGUUUAUUAUUAUCUACAGUUAUAUUAUAUGAUUAAACACUGGCAAAAUGAAGCAUAAAAGCCUUUAAUAUGUAAUGUUUAGAAACAGGAAUGAGGUUGGAAAUGUACAAGUUAUUCCAGAAAGGAGAAUAAUUUUUAAUUGAUAUGUAUCUGGUUGAAUCCUAGUUAUUGCAACUUUUAUAAAAGAAAAAUUAGAAUAAGGUAAGAGAACCAACACUUCCAAAGUGUCAAAUGCGGUACUGCUGCUGGAUGGAUAAUGUAAGGUAUUCAGAUCCUUACAAUGUAGUACACGAAAGUCUAAAAAGCAAGGAUACUCAACAUCCAGUGGUAUAGUAAUUAACUAAUACUGAAUGUUGAGGAUCCUAUAUUUCUAAACUUUUAUACAGGAGGUAAUAGAUGAAUCAAGUAUCUGUUACUGCACAAUACUGCUCAUUUUGUAGAGUAUGUGAUUUAUGAUUCUGUCGGCAUACAUGUGGCUAAUUUUGAGAAUUAGUUCCUCCAACAUUUUGUUAAUGGUGUAAUUCUGUAAAUGUUAGCUAGUGCUAGGAAGAUCAGAGAUGGGUUCAGCAAUAAUUACCUAGGAAAUGUAAGUCUCCUCCAAAGUCUGAAAUGUAUCACAUAACUGUCAACUACUCGUGUUUUAAAACAGAUUGCAUCUUGAGGUGUUACUUAAGCAUUAGCAUAAAGGCAAAUGAUUGCUGUAAAGUGAGAGGAAUCCGCAGUCAAUUUAACGUAAAGUUGGUGUUGCAAUUUUGAAGUAGCUAUUUGUAUGUUUCUUUAUUUUUAUGUAGUGUAUCUCAGUAUUAAGACUGUAUUUGUCAGUUAUACCCUUUUGCAGAUCCAGUAUAAUGCUCAAUAAACCUUUUACCCAACUUUUAUGGAACUUUCAUUAUCAUGAAACUGUAUAUUGCUGUCGACUGGGAGAGCUUGCUGUUUUAAAUUAACUGUAACAUGUAUAAAAUGAAUUAGAGUACAGGAGUAGUCAUGUCAAAGAUCACAUCUUACCCAUAUUGUGUAUGUCAACUUCAGUCUUCACAUCUUUUUUCCUUGAUGAUGGAAUCUAUUCCUCUAUAUAUGGUUUAAUUAUUUAUCAUUCACAUUUUAAUUCCCUUAUAACUCAAUUAUUAAUUAUUCCUGCUUCUGUUAUUUGAGAACAUGUGGGGUAUUGAUCCAUUUGUAGAUUGAUAUUCUGACCAUUUUGAAAUAAUGCUAGAAGCUUUCGAUGGGAAACAGAAGUGUUAAAUGAAUCUAGAUCUGAUUGUAACUGUACCAAUUGUGUUUUCACCAUGGAGACCAAUUCAGAAUUGUUUUUUCUACAUUGACAUCAUGUAACACAUGUAUUGAUUGUAAAAUAAUGUACAGAUGCUGAAGUCAUAACACCAUGAUGUAAUGUGAGGAAUAAUUCGUACACAUGAUGUUCUAUAAUCUGUAAAAUGAUGAUCUAAUGACAAUGAUACUAAUGUCACAAUGCCAUAUUGGAACCCAAAGAGUACACAUUAUAUAAUCUGUUAAUAACCCAAUGAGUAAAUCGUACAUGUUAUAUAAACUGUUAAUUUAUUACUGAUAUAAUAUCAUAGGUCUAUAAUUUGCAUGUAGUUCUAUUCAUGAACAUCAUCUCUUGUAGAAGUUUGUCUUUUUAACAUCAUGGGCCUAAAACAUCUGGUAAGGUCAUUGUACAUGUAUAAAAUUUUGUUGUCAUAUUAAAUCUACAGACUUCAUUUUGUAAUGACUAUUGUCAAUAUUAUCUCUCGUGGAGAAAUCGCAAAAAUUCAUUCAUCCACAACAUCAUAUCUUGCACAAGUGUAGAUGUAUGGUUUAGAUAUACAUGUAUGUUCUAAUAGAAAAUUUGAUUCAUGUAAUUCAUACCAUUUGUUUGCAAGUAUUUAAAUUUACUAACAAGCAUAUUUUAAAUGCAGGUCUUUUUUUUGAGUUUUGAGUGUAAGGGGACAUAACUUGUUGCCCAAACCAUGAUUGUGUAACUUAUCAUCUGAUCCUAAAACUUCCCCUUUGUUAAUUUGUAUUAUAUACAUUUACUGGUAUAUGUGGUGGCAUCUGUCUGUCUGGGACCACGUGAGGUUUAUUAUAAGAAAGUUAAUAUCUACAUGAAUGGUUUUUCAUUGUCAGUACAUCAAGUUAGACAUGUUGAAUUUUAGCAUCUUAUUUCUUUCCUGAGUUCUGUCAAGACAUCAUAUUCAUUCAUGAAUCAUUGUACUGUAUACAAUUCUAUUGUACAGAUCGAUUUCCUCUUGAUAACUAAGACUGUCAAGGAUUGUAUUAAAUUAGCGUACAACUAUCACGUUGUUUGGUUUGAAAAUUAAAGAGAUUCAAAUCAUCAAAUCAUUUCUGAGAUUUAAAAUUUUUAAAUAUAUUCCCUCUUACAACCACCAACUCUCAACCCCACCCCACUGUUUCUCACACACAAAUACUUCUUCAUUAUUCACCAAUCAUCAUCAGAUUGCAAGAUUUCAAAUUGUUAAUUGUUAAUAGUGUGUAUUUUGUUUGUUUAGGAUCUGAACAAUAAAAGGUUUUUCAUUG